AUGUUCAAUGAUCUACUAGAGGGACUCACAAGACUCAGAGUCAUCCAGGGAGCUACCAUCAAGCGCCACGAGAUGACAGGGGACAUCCUGGUGGCCAGAGUCAUCCACGGUGGGCUGGCUGAGAGGAGUGGGUUGUUAUAUGCUGGAGACAAACUGGUGGAAGUGAAUGGAGUUUCAGUUGAGGGACUGGAUCCUGAGCAAGUGAUCCAUAUUCUGGCCAUGUCUCGCGGCACAAUAAUGUUCAAGGUGGUUCCAGUUUCUGCCCCUCCUGUUAAUAGCCAGACGAUGGUGUACGUUCGUGCCAUGACUGAGUACUGGCCCCAGGAAGAUCCCACCAUCCCCUGCAUGGACGCAGGGUUGCCUUUCCAGAAGGGGGACAUCCUUCAGAUUGUGGACCAGAACGAUGCCCUCUGGUGGCAGGCCCGGAAAAUCUCAGACCUUGGUACCUGUGCUGGACUAAUUCCUUCUAACCACCUUCUGAAGAGGAAGCAACGGGAGUUCUGGUGGUCUCAGCCAUACCAGCCUCACACCGGGCUCAAAUCCACCAUAUACAAGGAGGAAUUUGUUGGCUCUGGUCAGAAGUUCUUUAUCGCUGGCUUCCGCCGCAGCAUGCGCCUUUGUCGCCGCAAGUCCCACCUGGGCCCGCUGCGCGCGCGGCCGUGCGGCCCCAGCGCGCCGGGCGCGCCGUACGAGGAGGUGGUCAGGUACCAGCGCCGCCCGUCCGAUAGGCACCGCCUCAUCGUGCUCGUGGGACCUUCUGGUGUUGGAGUCAAUGAACUGAGAAGACAACUUAUUGAACUUAAUCCUAAGCAUUUCCAAAGUGCUGUGCCACAUACUACUCGCUCCAAAAAGAGUUAUGAAAUGGAUGGACGUGAGUAUCACUAUGUGUCAAAGGAAGCAUUUGAAAGCCUCGUGUAUAGUCACAGGAUGCUCGAGUAUGGUGAGUACAAAGGCCACCUGUACGGCACAAGUGUGGAUGCUGUUCAAACAGUCCUUGAUGAAGGAAAGAUCUGUGUCAUGGACUUAGAGCCUCAGGGUAUUCAAGUAGCUCGAACCCAGGAACUGAAGCCUUAUGUCAUAUUUAUAAAGCCAUCUAACAUGAGUUGUAGGAAGCAGUCUUAGAAAAAUGCCAAGAUCAUUACAGACUACUUUGUGGACAUGAAGUUCAAGGAUGAAGAUCUACAAGAGAUGGAGGAUUUAGCCCAAAACAUGGAGGCACAGUUUGGCCAGUUUUUUGAUCAUGUGAUUGUGAAUGACAUGCAAGACGCAUGUGUCCAAUUGUCUACAGUUGAGAAGGCCCAGGAGGAGCCUCAGUGGGUACCAGCACCGUGGGUUUCCUCGGAUACUGAGUGUUAAGGAAGCCUCCUGCUUUGUGCCGGAGUUGUAACUAUACCCAUCUGUAACAGAGCUCUGGAAUAACGGCUGCAAAGCAAAACAACAGUAUUUGCUCCCUUUGUAAUGUAUGCAACUUUAAACGUGGUGCAGUUUAUUCAUUAAGCUUAUUUGAAAAAAAUAUUUGCAGUGUAUGCAUGUAGAAUUACCUCCUUGGCUUUCAGGAAAAAAAAAAAGUUUUCCUUUACCUCAUA